AUGAAUCCACAACAAGAAUAUCCACCAAACAACUAUGAGGAAGGGCCGUUUUUGAAAGUAUUUCAAUUCUUCUAUUUUUUCUCUAGCACUCCGUAUCAAUAUCUGAAUUAUCCACCACAUCAACUUGACCCAUUUCAAAAAGUAAGUUCUUACAACAAUAUUUGUUGAGGGCACCCAUUUUAAAAAGUCUUUAAUUCAGCCUAUCAAAAUUAAACAUUAUUCAUGUUUUUCAGAAUGCAAUUUCUUCGCGAUUGGAGAAAUGUCAGGAAAUAAUAAAUCGAAUGCAUGGAUGUCGAGUACUUCCACAAAAGGCCAAAAUGGAAAAAAUAUUCAAUCUCCUCGAUUUGAUGAGAAAGUUCCGAAUGAUUGAUAACACUCAUGCCUAUGCCCACAAUUAUGAAAAACUUUUUGAAGAAUUGAGAGCCUGUGGAAAGUUUGUAUACGACAAUCUUUACUACGAUUUCUGGGGUCCAUCUGAUGAAUGGAGUGAUAUUGAAAGGCUAGAGAGAGAAGGUCAGGAAAAUGGUCGUCGAUGGAUUCGCAUCCCUCCGAUGCCUGGGUUAAGACGAGAUUGGCGCGAACUUUUCCCAAACAGAAGAAGAAAUGCUUGA